ACACUUGAACUAUUUGGCGAACAUCAAACUGGGUGCAAACUCUUUUAUUGAUAGCUUGAGUAGCCUAAUUUGUACUGUUGAACCGUUUGUUAGCCAGGUUUUGUAGUGAUUGUGCUCUCUCAUAUUUGACUAAUCAACAAGGGUUGAUAUUUCCAAAUAAUUAUCUGAAAGGCUUGUUUCCAUGCCAGAAAAAAAAUUCAUUGAGGACUAGUAGAUUGGACUAGUUUAAUUUUGAUAAAUUUCGAGCACCUCCUAAAAUGCGACAUUUUGUCCUCGUUUCUGUACUGUUGGCACUUUCAGCUUUGGUGUCUUCUAACGAAGUUAAGACGCAAAUAAGCAAACACGUUGCUAUCGUAUCAGGAUGUGAUUCUCACUUGUAUAUAGUCAUUCCUACCGCCUAUGCGCUGCUUCGCAAGACGACAGCGGGAAAGUACCGAGUCACCUUUGUAACGGGGUCCGAGUGCAAGAAGACAGUGGAGAAUCUGGGAUCCGAUGUCGUUCACCAUGACUCGGGUUUGUGGUUGCAUCCGAACUACGACACCAGUAUUUCAACAGCUGAAUACUACGAAAACAUCACCGUCGGAUCAGUGAUUCACCCGUAUAGAGCCAUGCAGUCAUUGGCUAAAGAAGACAAACCUGAUCUGAUCAUCGCGGAGUCCUUCAGCGUCGGAGCUUCAAUUGUUGCUGAAACACAAAAUAUCCCCCUUCUGUUUCACUACACACCUGGGAUAUCCCACAUUGUCACGUGGCUAGGAGGUUCAGAUAUUUCAGUUGGUGCCUUCCAACAUGUAGACCCCAAAACGACCCCUAUGUUUAUUCAGAGAUUGGUCGCGACAGUUUUUUUCAGCGUUGAGAUUUUGUUAUCCGACUACUUUUGCAAACCUGGUGCAGCUGUGUUUGAGAAGAUUAGACGCGAAAUGGGUCUCAACGACUCCUAUGACAACUAUGAACAUGUCAUUAGUUCGUUUCCUUCGUUUUCAGCUGUCGGCGAACCCAUCUCUCAGAUGUUCGAUGUACCUCCGAACAAGUUCACACUCACUGGACUCCUGCCAUCUCCCCCCGAAACAAUGCGAGUGCCAGAUGAGUUGAAAGACUUCCUCGAGCAAAGCCCAAAGCCAGUGCUUUAUGUAUCAAUGGGAACCUACUUCGUCUUCUCAGACCAAACAUUUGAGCGUGUCAAGAACUUUCUCGAGUCCCAGGAGCUCUUCAAUGUCGUGUGGUCUCAUAGAAAGUACAGCACAACACGUCAUCCCAUUAAAGACAGAACGAAAAUGAUCAUUCUGAAAAAAGUACCUCAAAAGUUCGUUCUCAAACACGAAAAAGUGCGAGCGUUUCUUUCGCAUUGUGGCAUUAGCUCAGUCAUAGAGGGUUUAUCUGCCGGUGUUGCUUUCUUGGGAGCACCCCAAGGCAGAGAUCAAUUCUACCUCUCGGCUCGGGUUGCCAGUGCCGGUUUAGGCUUAGAAAUUGGCCGAACUCCAAACGAACCAUCUUUAAGAGAAGGGAUCGAAAAACUGCACAGAAACUUGAAUCAAUACACAAAAAAUGUACAAAAUGUAUACAAACAAAUGUCCAGGGAGUCGGUUCAGAAGUUGGAGAACUUGGUUGACUCAUUGAUUUCGAAAGGAGGUUCUUCCAAGUUUGAUCCUUCGGAGAGUUUAAUUUGGUCGUGGAAUCAAGCUCUGACACAUGUGCUGAUGGUGCUGAUUGCAGCUCUGACCAUUCUACUUUACUUAAUCAAACUAGUCAUGCUUCUUGCCGUGAGAUUAAUCGACUGGCUCUUUUUCUCAGAGCAAGAACUCAAAAAGCCAAAAACUAAUUGAGAGAUUUUUACUCUAACAGCUAAACAUAUUUAUUCUUAGUAAAUAAUUCAAAAUAUAAAUUGA